AUGGCUUCAGCUUGGGGCCUCUUGCGCCGCAAUUACGUCACGCUUAAUCCGCCGGUCGCCCCCCGACAGGAUGGAGCUCUCCGUUUCGGUAUUCUCGGCGCCGCCAACAUCGCUCCUUUGGGGAUAAUCAUCCCGGCCAAAUCCCACCCGGAAGUCGUAGUCCAGGCCGUCGCGGCCCGAGACCAGAAGAAAGCCGCUGCCUUCGCGACGAAGCACGGCAUCCCUGACGUCAAACCAGACUACCAAUCCAUCAUCGACGACCCCAAUAUCGACUGCGUCUACAUUCCCCUCCCCAACGGAUUACAUUACGAGUGGACGGUCAAGGCCCUCAAGGCUGGAAAACACGUCCUCCUGGAAAAGCCGUCCGUCGCCAAUGCCGCCGAGGCCGAAUCGCUGUUCAGGCUACCGCUGUUGAAGGAGCCCGGUGCCCCGGUGCUCCUCGAGGCGUUCCACUACCGGUUCCAGCCCAGCUGGCAGUACUACUUGACCCUGGUGGACGCGCCCAACGUUGAGCAUGUCAAGGCGAGUGCGUUCCUCCCGUGGUUUGUCAUCGCAAGCGAUGAUGAUAUCCGGUUCAAGUACGACCUCGCAGGCGGCGCCUUGAUGGAUCUGGGGACGUACACCAUCAGCGCCAUCAGGCAGACGUUCAAGGGCGAGCCGGAGGAGUGUCUGGACGCCAAGUUCCAGACCAUGGCCGCCCCGGAGGAAAACGCGGACCAUUCUUGGAAGAUCACCUGGCGCAUGAAGAGCGGCGGGACGGCGGAGGCGGAGGGCACGCUGCGGGGUAAGAUCAUGCAGUUCGGACCGCCGAGGCUGAGCGUCACGCACAGGGAGACGGUCGUCGAGGACGCCAAGUUGCCGAUCGGGCAGGAGAAGACGCGGAAGCGGAAGAUCGAGUUUGCCAACUUCAUGCUGGGGUGGAUCUGGCACCAGAUCGACGUGGUGGACGAGUUCGUCAUCAAGAACAAGAGCAACGGGUCGGUGGUGAAGAGCUGGACGGAGAAGCAGACGAAGAAGGCGUACACCUUCCGCGAGGCUGGUAUGGAGGGUGUCGGAGAGGAGCAUUGGUUUACGUACCGGCACCAGCUGGAGCAGUUCGUCAACCGCGUCAAGGGGCGGGAGACGAGCACUUGGGUUGACGGGGAGGACAGCAUUGCCCAGAUGAGGAUGAUUGAUAUGGCAUAUGCAAAGGCGGGUUUGCCGUUGCGCAAGUCGCCUGGGGUUACGAUUGCAUGA